AUGGCGUCAAGCGGCAACACCUUCUACGGUUUCAGAUUCAGAGUGUGGCAGGGGCGCCGCCCAAGCCCACCCAUCAGCGCGCACCCACACGCGGCGGGUGAGGUUGCCAUCGAAUUUCGCGUCACCGAGUGGCAACGAAUCGAGAAAUUCAUCGGCGAUGACGACCAUCCGGUGUCCAUCGUGCCAACGCGAUCUCCCACCCGAUUGAGAACCUUCUGGGUCCCAAAACACGCGGUUCUGUUGCGUGAUGGUGGAGCUCGCAUGUUGUCAGUGCUUUUGGAAGUGGGUGCCCCCGCAGAACACCGCCAAGCCGUAUUGCGAGAUAUCUCAGUGGCGGCCGCCGGCGGGACGGGAAGUGCGCCGAUCGUGGUAGCCCUUGAACACAUGACGGUCGUUUCUGAGGAGGUUGAUGAUGAUGAUGAUGAGUCCGAGGAGGUUAUGGAUAUACUUUUGAGGGAGUCUAUGGCGGUCGAUGUGGGCAGACCCAUCCCGGCCGCUCGAUCUGCAAUCGAGCGAUUGGAGAAGGUAACCUUUGAAGAUAGGUUGGGGUGGAUCGGAGAGUGCAUAAUUUGCACGGAGGAAUUUGAGGGUGGGCUGGAGCUCACUCGGCUGCCGUGCUCCCAUGUCUAUCACGGAGGUUGCAUUGUCAAGUGGCUGAAGAUGAGUCGCCUCUGUCCCCUCUGCCGCUACCCAUUGCCCCCUGUCCAUUGA